GACCUGUGGAGAAGGUUCGCAAUGACAUUUCGAUCGUCAACAUCGCUGGUGAAAAUCGCAUUCUUCAUCUCCGUCUUCGCCUUUGUUAUAACUGCCGUCGGCGUCUUCACGCCCAACUGGAUGGUUAUUUCCAAGAUCGACUAUCGCAUGGGUCUCGUCUAUGUGUGCACGUCCACCGGAUGUUCAUCUGGUGGCAGUGGGAGUACAUCGGCAAUUCCAGACUGGUAUAUGGCGAUGCUGGUCAUGGAACUCUUUGGAAUCUUGUUCGCCGCCGCAUCCUUAAUUUUCAUCACCUUGUACAUCUUCUGUGCUGCUACUUCCGGUAAAAAGUGGACCAGGAUGGUUACUCUGUGCCUGACUUAUGGUGCAGCAUUCCUCCUGUUGAUCGGCGUGAUUAUCUGCGCGGCCAAGAAGAACGAAGUGGCGAUUCCACUGUUCCCGCAUCCAGACCUCGGCUGGUCCUUCGCUCUGACAGUGGUGGCCGGUCUGUUGUAUCUAGGCAUCGGGGUGAUGCUUCUCAUGGAUGUCUUUCUGUAGUCUGGUUCCUUCUCAGUCUUCUACCCACGACUGAGCCAAGGCACAACUGUACGCUAGCGAUAAGAAUCGUUUUGAGAAUA